AUGGUAAUUGUUGUUGUACUACUGCAUCAACAUCAUCAAAUAUGUGAUGCAACUACUAUUACUAAUAACCAAACUUAUUGUCCACCUUCUUCAUGCGGCAAAAUCACAAACAUAACACAUCCAUUUCGUCUUAAGGAUGAUCCAACAACAUGCGGUGAUACAAGAUACGAGUUAUCCUGCGAAAACAACAUGACAGUAUUAACUUUGUUUUCGGGUAAAUACUAUGUGAAAUCAAUUAACUACAACAACUACACAAUUCGGUUAAUUGAUCCCGGAAUUCAAGAGGAAGAUUGCUCCUCUAUUCCUCGCUAUUACUUAUACGCUUCUAAUUUCACAAGUUAUUACAAUUAUAGCAACUACCAGAAAGAUCCAUAUAAAACCUCACAGAUCAGAAUAAUUCCUAGUACCGGAUAUUAUCUUUAUCUUGAUACUAGAAGAUUACCAAUGUUCCAGCACGUAAUUUACAUGAAUUGUAGCAAUCCUGUACGGCAUAAUCCAGUGUAUGCAGACGCAGCUUCUUGCAUCAAGUCAAAUUCACAAAGUGGCCAUGUUUAUGCCAUUGCUGGAGAUUUGAAGGUCAGCAACUUACAAGAUGAUGACUGCCGCGUGGAGUUAGUUACGGCUAUAUCAUUCUUCCAUUUUAAUUACAGCCAUCCUCAUUGGAAUAUUCCGAUUAAAAAGUAUUCGUACAAUGAAAUUCAUAAGAUGUUGGUGGGUGGAUUCGAGGUUUCUUGGAUGAGUGCUUCUUGUCAAGAUCUUUGUGGAGAAUCAGAUUGCUAUUUAAGUGAAAUCACAGGGACUCUUCAAUGUGACUAUCUGGCUGAUCAUUGCAUAACUACAUUGGGAUUUCAUGUAGGUUGUGGACCUCCAUCAAAGCUGCGAAUGUUUGUCGAAGGUAUUAUAUACGGCAUUGCCAGAGGUAAUUUUUUACUUUAA